GACUUCCGGAAGUUGCCCUCUGACCCCUGGGCUUUAUGUUAAAGGCAGCAGCGGCGGCGGCGAGAGAGCUUGACGGUCCGCCCGCGUUGCGUUGUUUCCCCUCCUCGCUGUGGUGGUGGUGGUGCCUCUGCCGCUCCUUCCCCGGGUUAUUUCGAAGGGUUUGCGAAACGCAUGGCCACACUGAUGCAGAUCUACCAGUGUUCCAAGUGCCUGGAGCAGUUUCACGAUGUGGACCUGGCCCUCACGCACGACUGUCCACUGCUGGAGGCGGAGACCAGCGUCCCUGACCCACCCAGCUCGCCUCCCGUUGCCAGCUCUCCCAGCCAGAACGAUAGCAAGGACACUGAUAUCAACGAUUUGACAUUACAGUGCAGGACACAUUCUCCAGCUCACAAAUGGGGCGAGGAGACCACCCAGCUGCUCAUUGCGCUCUACAAGGAACGGCAACAUCAGUUCACGUGCGGAAAGCACAAGAAGAAGAACCUGUGGAACGAAAUAUCCAGCGGCCUCCAGGCCAAGGGCCACAUGUUCACGCAGUGGCAGUGCGAACACCGGUGGAAGAUGCUACUCAAGGUCUACAGCAAAGUCGUUGACCAGCACAAGUUCGGCAAUAGUCAGACGGAAUGCACCUUCUUCAAUGAGCUCGAUGAGAUGUACGGGCCAGACGCAGAGAUCCACCCCGUGGCCACGCGCAGCUCGCUCAUCAUGAACCGGCCCUUAAUGGUGCAAGUGGUGCUGUCGGAGCAGGGCGACCACCAGCUGAGCGAGGAGGUCCCGUCGUCGCAACCGGAGGUGCUCGAGUGGCCCGUUGCAUCGGCCACCGCGGUGGAGGAGGAGGUCCAGGUCAGAGCGAGGAAGAGGCGCAGGGUGAUGUGGAACAGUGGUGUGCCCCAGUGGGUCAAGGACUUAAAGAAGGAAAGCUUCGACUUAGAGUUGCAGAAGAUUGAGGAUGCACGCCAGAUGCACGAGGAGGAGAUGGGCGUGCUCUCGGAGUUGCUGGGCAUUCUCAAAUCGCGUGUUAAAGGCAAACUUUCCGACGAUUUGGUCGCUUCUGCAACGCUCUGAGGUGUUCCCCGUGCAUCGAUGCACGGAGAGAAAUUUGAUGUGGGCUAUGAAACAGAUGCAAAAAAAAUUCUCAGAUGCAGAUGAGCAUAAUUAACUUGUCAUUAAUAGGUUUUGCGCCUUGUAUACAGCUUGCAUUGUAAAGUGCCCUGGAAAGGGCGCUAUAUAAAUACUAAAUAGAAUAAAGGUAGCGUGUUUAAAAACUACUUUGUUUUCACACAGGUGCAUUGUGCAUUUUUUUAUACUUAAGUUUUGUUUCCAGUGUUUUAGUCAUUCAAACACUGAAAUAUAAUUUACAAUAUGGCAGAGUUUAGCUUUGAAUUGCUGACAUGUGUUUUACUCAGAUUAAGAACAUUGCUAUUUUGUAACCUUUCUUUUUGGUGAUGUUACUCAAACCGGUAUUGACAAGGCUUGUACCAAAGCAGGAUCAACAGGCCUCUUACCCAUUGAGCUAUUGUGCUGGUUAUUGUUCAUCGCCUAUUUCAUGUCCAAAUAAACACGAUAAGUA